UGGCUAGCCGUGUGGGCUCAUGCUAGUCUCGAGUCCACGCUCGGACGGUACAGCGGCCGGCCAUGGCUGCCGCGGCGGCCGCGGCCAAAGCCGCGGCCACCAAGCCGCUGCAGCUCCAGCUCCUGGAAAAGCAGCUGAAGUCGUAUGACCCGGGGGUGCGCUCCCAGGGCCUCGGAACGAUCCCCGUGCUGCCCGUGCCCGUGGACCUGCUGUCCAAGUCCAUCGUGGAGCUGCUCGAGCAUGAGAACCUGUACGUCAAGCAGACCGCGGUGGAGGCCAUCGGCCGCGCGGCGACGGCCAAGAACACGAGCUGCAUCCUGGCUCUGGACCGGGUCGGCCCGCUCGUGAAGCACGGGCAGCCCGAGGUCGGGCGGCAGGCCUUCGCGGCGCUGCUCCGGGCGAAGGAGCUGGCUCCGGAGGAGCUCAUUCCCGAGCAGCGGCAUCCGGCCUCGCUGGACGACCAGAGGCAGAAGAAGCCCCUGCCCCCAGGGCCUGCGGAGACCGCCGCGAUCAAAGCGGCCGAGUGGCUGCAGGACGACGACCCGCGGACCCGCAGGCAGGCCGUGGAGCUGCUCACCCAGAUGGGGCCUUUCGCGGCGCCCUACUGCGAGGGCAUGGCCGCCAUGCUGGCCGACAGGGACAUCCACGUCCGGCUGGCUGUGGUCAACGCCUUGGGCUAUCUCGGGGUCGAGGCGAAGGGGGGCAUCGCGAAGGCUGGCGAGCAGCUCGGUCACGCGGACGCCGCGGUCCGCCGGAGCGCCGCCAAGGCCAUGGUGGCGAUCGCUGCCCACUCGGGGGAGGAGGCCGCCGCGGCGGUCUGUCCGCAGCUCUCGAGCCCGGACCCGGCAGUUCGGAUUUCUGCCCUCGAGGUGAUGAGCUCCCUGGGGCCCCUCGCUGCGCCGUAUGGCAGCUCUCUGGCCAAGCUGCUGGCAGACAGGAGCCCGAGGGUCCCGGAAGCGGCCGCGAGGGCCCUCAUCUCUGCGGGGCCCAAGGUGGUCAAGUACCUCAAGCACAUCAAGGUCAGCCUGUUGUCCGAGAAUCCAAAGCACCGUGCCGCAGCAGAGCUUGCGAUGAGGGGCUUGAGCUCUCAAUCGGCCCACGUCGCCGCAUUCGCGAGCUCGUUGCUCCGUGACCACGCAACUGAAGACGGGUCGGUGGUGUACCAGGCGCACCACCGAGUCCAUGCUCUUCGUGUUCUCGCAAGUGCGCAGGAGAACGCUGUGCCUUACCUCAACGAUGUGGUCAAUGAGCUGGACCGCCGGGACUGGGCCCUGCGACGGGCAGCCAUGGAGACAUUCGAGGAGUUGGGGGUGCAUGCCCGCAAGGCUGCGAGGGAAGUUGCCAAGAGGCUCAGCAGCCAUGACAAGGAUAUCCGCCGUGCAGCGGCGGAGACACUCGGGCGCAUGGGAUCCCAUGCCACCGUCUACGGCCAGCAGCUCGUAGGAGCCUUGCGACUAGAGUCCGACAAGCACGUUCGCGACGCGUGCGAGGACGCCGUGGUGCGACUGAAGGAAGCCGGCGUAUUGGAUGACGACGCUUGACAAGGCGAAGUGCCCCAGCUGGCAGUUGCUGGGCGGCACCCCAGUGUGGAGAGGAAACUGCCCCUUGUGUUGCCUGAGAAGUCGUUAUUCCUUUGCUCGGGACUGCUUCUUCAACCACCCCUUGACUGCAGCACCGCGUGGCCUGCCUUUGUCACGGUGUUUGCGUUCAGGCGGCCUCUGCGAAUGGUCCCCUCGCGUCAUCACAUCCGGGCCCCCUCGCCACUCCUCCCCGUGCAUCCCAGUCCUUCCUUGCCCUCGCCUCCCUCCCGUUCACUUGAGGCCGUAGGCUUGCCCUUGCAUGGGGCUGGUUGAGUGGCCGAGCGCCACGGGGUACCUUUGUUUCACGAGGCUCUCCUGCGUUGCCGUAGUUGCAUGAGGCUCUCCAGAGUUGUUGCAUGCGCCCUUCGUCUGGCAGCCUGUGAACCGCACUGCGAUCGCCUCGCUGUUUCACGUGUCCUGCGCCGCGUUUGCGACGCACUGUGCGUUGCCCGCAUGCCCUUCAUCAUUGCGUGCCCCGGGGUCGGUGUCAAAAACAA